CCUAGCCUGGCGCGCGGAGCCCGGGGCGCACGGAGCGGCGCGCGCUGGUCGGUGGAGCCAGGCUGGCGCCCCCGCACCCCGCCCCGCGCUCGCCCGCCGCCCGCCCGGCGCCUUCCCCGCGCCACUUGCCAGCGCUCCCCGGCGCUCCGGCCGCUCUCCCUCCCUCCCCUCCGACCCGUCCCGCCCGGGCAGCCCGGCUCCCGCAGGCCCCCCCGCCGCCCGCGUUCCUAUGGACAGACGCACAGACACCUGCAGGAAAGACACUGCUGAUCCUGUAACAUGGAGGAUUGCCUUCAUACCUCUUCUGAGAAUCUGUCCAAAUUGGUCAGCUGGGCCCACAGCCAUGGGACUAUUUGCAGCCUCAUUCCUAACCUGAAACACUUGCUUUCGGAAGGUUCUCACGGGAACCUGACAGCAAUGUGGGGCUGUAGUGCUGGCCAUGCUUAUCACUGGCCACUGACAGCUACUUGCAGAGCUGGCUCCCAAGAGAGGGUCUGUUUCCAGGAUAACAGAAGUUUUAACUCGGAUAGUCCCAGCAUAAUUGGAGUGCCCUCUGAGACACAAACUAGCCCCGUUGAAAGGUACCCUGGGAGACCAGUGAAAGCAAAGCUAGACUGUAAUCGGACCAGAGACUCUUGUGACUUCUCUUACUGCAGUGAGCCCUCUGAACUGGAUGACGCUGUCGAAGAAUAUGAAGAUGAAAACACCCUCUUUGACAUGGUGUGUGAGUCGUCUGUUACAGAUGAGGAUAGUGACUUUGAACCCCAAACCCAACGGCCUCAAAGCAUUGCUCGAAAAAGGCCUGGAAUACUCCCGUCUUCUCUCCAUUCAAGCUCCCAGGCUCAGAUGGUUGAUGAAUGCAGCAAUGAUGUCAUCAUCAAGAAGAUCAAACAAGAGAUCCCUGAAGAUUAUUACAUUGUGGCAAAUGCAGAGCUGACUGGAGGCGUCGAUGGACCAGCCCUGUCGUUGACACAGAUGGCAAAGCCCAAACCUCAGACUCAUGCUGGCCCCUCUUGUGUAGGGUCUGCUAAGCUAAUUCCCCAUGUAUCUUCUGCCAUCAGCACAGAGCUAGACCCACAUUGUGUGUCUGCAUCCCCCUCUGUGAUGUCCAGACCAAUCGUCCAGAAGACCACCAGGGCAUCUCUGGCUUCACCAAACAGAGGACCCUCCGGUACCCACGGCACUAACCAGCAAGUGGCCAUGCAGAUGCCUGUGAGCACAUCCCAUCCUAACAAACAGAUCAGCAUCCCUUUGUCUGCCCUGCAGCUGCCUGGACAGGAUGAGCAAGUGGCUUCCGAAGAGUUCCUGCCCCAUCUGCCCAGCCAGGUCUCCUCCUGCGAGGUAGCCCUUUCUCCUUCCGUGAACACAGAGCCAGAAGUGAGCUCCAGUCAGCAGCAGCCCCAAGUCGCUCCAACCAUAACCACCGAGGCCAUGGCACAGUGCAUACCAGACCAGGAUGAAAGAGCAGCUGAGCUCAGCAGAGAGCAGAAUGAGAAAACCAUCCGGAGCACGCAGACUGCGCUCCGCAAUUUCCGCGAGUUCCUCAUCUCCAAGUACCCUUCGGAAACAAGAGAGAUCUAUGUCAUCCCUUGCAAGGAGCUGGAUGCCUACCUUGCCUCUUUCUUUGUAGAUGCCAGGCAGAAGGAUGGGUCCGAAUACGAACCCAACAGCUUGGCCAAUUACCAGUGUGGACUCGAACGGUACCUAAAAGAGCACAGGUAUGGCUACAGUAUCACCAGGGAUAAGGAAUUCAAGCGUUCCCAGGAGGCCCUGAAGCAGAAGCAGAUUGAACUCCGCUGCAAAGGAAAGGGAAAUAAGCCACACAAGUCCAUGAAGCUCACCUUUGCCGAUGAGCUCAUCCUGCGGAAAAGGGGACUGCUAAGCCGCUACAACCCCGAGGGCCUGCUCAACCUCGUCUGGCUCAACAACACAAAGGCUUUUGGGCAUUGCACAGGCUUCCAUGGAUCUACCUUGAAGUGGGGUGAUAUCCGGCUCCGGGUCACAGAAACGGGGCUGGAAUACUUAGAGUGGAUGGGUCAAGACACCGGCGACCUGAAUGCCAAAACCAAGAGAGGGGGGACGGACUCCCGUGUGUAUGCCACCCAGCACGCCCCGCAGACGUGCCCCAUCCAGGACUACAAGGAGUAUGCCCAGCGGCGGCCGCCAGCCAUGCGCUACGAGGAUGCCCCUUUCUACUUGUCCAUCAAGCCGGUCGUGAACUUGGCGGCUCUGCAUUGGUACAACUGCCAGGCGCUCGGCAAGAACAAGCUGGCCAAGAUGGUGAAGACCAUGUGCGAGAAGGGCAACAUCCCCGGUAGGAAAACCAACUUCAGUGUGUAUCAGAGCUGCAGCACCUUGUCCGAGGCCCAGAGCAACCAGCUGGUGCUGAUCUGUAACAGUCUGAGCCAGCAGGCCGCCCAGUCGGUGGCCGGGCACCCCAACAGCAGCAACUUCAUCGUCUCUGCCUCCUAUGACUCUUCCUCAGACACUGCUUGACCAGGCGGCCUGAGCCAGACCCCGGUGUGGUUACUGUGUUCGGAGAAACUGUGACUCUACACUGCUUCUCGUUCCUUUUCCUCUGCCCUCAGUGUUAACUUUAUAAGAAUAUAUAAUAUAUUUUUCUUUUUACAAAUAAGCAAGGGAGAUAGUUUAGUAUUACGAACAUAGUAUUUAUAGGCUUCAAACAAAUGUCCCUGUGGGUGAUUACAUGUAAUUACUGUUACAGAAUUUUAUAAAACCAUAGUGGCUCUCAGGCAACACAAAGUAGAGAAGGGAUUACGUUUUUCAAAAAAACUGUCAAAAAGGAAACAGAGUCAUCCUUAGACGCUUGUGUCCUCAACUCCUGCUUUUCCUCCUCACCUCACGGCUCAUUGUUAGUCUCCUUAAUAAAUGACUUUAUUUAUUUAAUUUUUAAUAUUCUCUAUUAAUCAGGAGGAGAUAACACUAACUUUACUGCUUACACAAAAUUGCAUUCAGUCAGAUCCAGAAUAUGAAAGUGUUGAUAAUAAACUCAACAUUAAAUUAUA